AUGCGUUUCUCUCCCUCCAAUCCCCAGGCAGCGGCCCUCGCUGCCAUUGCAUACGCUACAGCAGUGACAGCAGCUUCUCUCGAGGACGUCUGCACUGUGGAAUAUGCUCGGUCCCACCUACCCGCAUCGACAUUCAUCCAAGGAAUAACUCUCGACCAGUCUUCCGUCACGACAAACAUAGUCAAAAAUGCAUCUACUAGCGCGACCUCGACAUUCUACCCUGCAGCAACCUUCUCGUACUGCAAUCUCACUUUGGCAUACACCCAUGACGGCCGGGAUGACCAAGUCCUCAUCCAAUACUGGUUGCCCGACCCGAGCAAGUUCGAGAACAGGUAUCUGUCUACUGGCGGCGGUGGCUAUGCCAUUUACUCUGGUGCGCAGUCCCUGCCUGGUGGUGUGAUGUAUGGUGCUGUUGCUGGAGCUACGGAUGGUGGGUUUGGGAGUUUUUCUACGAAUGCUGAUGCGGCCAUGCUCCUUGCCAAUGGGACGUUGGAUUAUGAGACGUUGUAUAUGUUUGGGUACAAGGCUCAUUGGGAGUUAAGCAAGAUUGGGAAGCAGUUGACGCGGAAUUUUUAUGGUAUGGCUGAUAAGACUAAGCUCUACUCUUAUUACCAGGGUUGUUCGGAGGGUGGUCGUGAGGGUUGGAGUCAGAUUCAACGGUAUGGCGAUGAGUGGGAUGGUGCUGCUAUUGGUGCCCCUGCUUUCCGUUGGUCUUUCCAGCAGACUCAGCAUCUUUAUUCGAAUAUCGUUACGAAGACUCUGGGGUACUAUCCUCCGCCUUGUGAAAUGGAGAAGAUCAUCAAUGAGACUAUCUCGGCGUGUGAUUCUCUCGAUGGCUUGAAGGAUGGCGUGGUUUCUCGCUCUGAUCUUUGUCAACUGCACUUUGAUAUCAACACUGUUGUUGGCAAGCCAUACUAUUGUGCGGCAUCCACUAGCAGCGGAUAUGGCAAGCGCAAGAGGCAGAUGGGUGCUUCAUCCACUCCAGAACAGAAUGGAACUGUCACCGCAAAAGCCGUCGAGGUUGCCAAGGAGGUUAUUCGCGGUCUUCGUGAUACCAAGGGUAGACAAGUUUACCUGUCAUAUCAAACAGCUGCGGACUUUGACGAUGUGACCACUCAGUACAACUCCGAAACCGGCAAAUGGGAGCUUGAAGUGGAUGGCCUGGGUGGCGAGCACAUUGCCCUUCUGGUGGAGAAGAACGGCACCAACCUUUCCAAUCUCGACGGCGUGACCUACGACACUCUGAAGGAAUGGAUGAUCUCCGGCAUGGUGGAGUUUGCCUCUACCCUACAGACCAACUGGCCCGAUCUGACGCCGUUCCAUGAGGCUGGCGGCAAGGUCAUCCACUUCCACGGCGAGGCAGAUGCCAGCAUUCCUACUGCAUCCUCAGUUCGAUACUGGGAGUCUGUCCGGAGCAUCAUGUACCCCAAUCUUUCUUACAAGGAGGGGGCCGCCGCUCUCAAGGAUUGGUAUCAGCUUUACCUUGUUCCUGGUGCGGCGCAUUGCGGUACUAACCCACUUAUGCCCAAUGGCCCAUUCCCGCAGACGAACCUGCAAGUUCUCAUCAAUUGGGUUGAGAAGGAUGUGAAGCCCGUGACGCUCAAUGCGACUGUCCUUCAAGGCGAGAAUGUUGGAGAGAACCGCCAGAUCUGUGGCUGGCCCCUUCGGCCUAAGUGGAAGGGAAACAAGAUGGAGUGCGAGUACGAUCAGACCUCCAUCGACACAUGGCACUAUGACUUUAAUGGCGUCCCAAUGCCGGUCUACUAA